AUGUCAUCGUCACUUCCCUCUUUCCCUCCCGCUCAGCAGGCUCAGACUAUUCGCGCCAAUCAACGCGAUCUCUUCCAUGUCUUGUCAUUGAAAGAACAUACAGAGAAUACCUUGCGGGCAUGGCUUGGGACCAGAUUGUUAUCACGGUGGGACAAAGAGAUUGAGCUCGGAGUGAAACUACUAUACUACGGGCUAACCACAGGUCGAGCUGUCCAGACGCUCGGGGAGGAAUACACAGACAUAUGGCUGCAUUCGUCUUCCACUAACAGACGACCCUCCGCAGAGCUCAGAGCGGCCCUCAUCCUUCUGCCUACCCUGCCCUGGUAUCUACUGGCGCGUUUCGGCUCUGCGCUGCAAGACAAUUCUUCAUUCUUAACAGCUAUCGUACGAAGGCUUCCCACAGCCAUCGAGGUCAUUUCUGAGAUCAAUCUUGCGAUAUUCUACCUGAGGGGGACGUACUAUGACCUGUCGAAGAGAAUACUCGGUAUCCGGCAGUUGUCAUCCAUUCCGGAAGACCCACGUACGAGACCGCCAUCGUAUGCUCUCCUUGGGAUACUGCUCGGCGUCCGCUUGAUGCAUCGACUCUUUACAUCACUACGUGCACUCCGAGCAAGUCGAGAAGCGAAAACGACUGCAGGACAUAAGAGCAAGCAAUCUGUGGACGCUUUGAAUGAGGCGUUCAUCGACGAUCGUGCUGUUUCAACCAUGCUCGGACCGAGUGACCCUGAGGGGAAGCCCGUUGUACCUGCGGAAGAGGAUGACCGUACAGUAUUGGAUAUGGCGGCUAUCCCUGAGGAGCUUAGGACCGGCAGGAACUGUACGUUAUGCUUGGAGGAGCGGACUGCUAGCUGCGCCACGGAGUGCGGUCACCUAUUCUGCUGGGACUGUAUUGUAGGUUGGGGCAGGGAGAAGCCCGAGUGCCCACUGUGUCGACAAUCGUUGUCCUUGUCACGUCUUCUUCCAAUUCAUAAUCUGUGA